AUGGCUGCUGCAUCCCGUCUCCCAUUCCUCUUCCGCAGUACCUCCCGGUCCCUGGGGUCAAUCAGGAAACCCCUCAUACAGAUCCCCGCAUCUCGGACGUUCGCAUCAAAACACCCCAAGGGCUUCGUGGCGCCCACUGAAGAUGAGCUACUAGAGCUACGGGAACGUGUGCAGGAAUUUACCAGGCGUGAGAUUACCGAGGAAGUAGCUGCAAAGACAGACGCACAGAAUGAAUUCCCGGCAGAGAUGUGGAAGAAACUUGGUGAUGCUGGAUUCCUGGGCAUCACUGCAAAUGAGGAUUAUGGCGGCCUCGGAAUGGGCUACCAGGCGCACUGUAUAGUUAUGGAAGAGCUUAGUCGUGCAUCAGGAAGUAUUGCAUUGUCAUACGCUGCGCAUUCCCAGCUUUGCGUCAACCAGCUCUCUUUGAAUGGGUCGCCGGAACAGAAGGAGCGGUUCUUGCCGGGACUCCUAUCUGGUGACAAGAUUGGUGCUCUGGCGAUGUCGGAACAUUCUGCCGGCUCGGAUGUUGUCAGUAUGAAGACGACGGCUAAGGAGGUUGAUGGUGGCUACGUACUGAACGGUACCAAGAUGUGGAUUACGAAUGGCCCCGACGCAGAUUUCAUUGUAGUCUACGCCAAAACGGAGCCCGAGAAGGGCUCCAAGGGAAUCACGGCAUUCGUUGUCGAAAAGACAUUUGACGGAUUCUCCUGCGCACGGAAGCUCGAUAAGCUUGGAAUGCGCGGCUCAAACACUGGAGAGCUUAUCUUCGAAGAUGUGUUUGUCCCCAAGGAGAACGUCCUCGGCGAAGUAAACCGCGGUGUCAAGGUUCUCAUGGAAGGUCUCGAUCUGGAACGUCUGGUUCUCAGCGCUGGUCCCCUGGGUAUCAUGCAAGCCGCCCUUGAUCUCGUUCUUCCCUAUACUCAUGUCCGCAAGCAAUUCGGAUCACCCAUCGCCCAUAACCAGUUGAUCCAAGGUAAGCUGGCAGAUAUGUACACAAAGCUUCAGGCAUCGCGCGCCUACACGUAUGCCACGGCGCGGCACGUUGAUAACUCCGCAUCUUUGUCUGAGGUGAGCAUCCGGACCCAGGACUGUGCGGGUGCUAUCCUGUAUGCGGCGGAACGGGCGACGGAGUGUGCACUUGAUGCCAUCCAGCUGAUGGGUGGCAAUGGGUAUAUCAAUGAGAUCCCCGCAGGACGGUUGCUUCGCGAUGCGAAGCUGUAUGAGAUCGGCGCGGGGACCAGCGAAAUCAGACGGAUGGUCAUUGGACGGGCAUUCAAUAAAGAGUAUGCAUAG